AUGACAGAGAUUUCUUCCCCUGAAGAUGAAGAUGGAGAUGGCGGUGGUGAUGAGGUAGGUGUAGCGGAGGUGGAAGCUGCAGCGGCACUGCUUUUGCAUGCAGCGCAAACAGUUGAAGUUGAUGUCAGGGUCUGUGUAGAUAAUGUAGUAAACAAAGACGUGAAAGAGCUUUCUCCCGAUAACGUUGUGGUGGCUUCCUCAGUUGAACCAGGAGGUAUGAUGCCAAUCGACGAAGACGCCGGGUAUGAAGAAAUUGGUCCUGAUGAAAUUGAGACAGAAGCUCCUGCGGAUGAAGAUGGCCCCGCCGGCGCUGGCACUGAAACUGCAAUCGAAGUAGGCGUAGCAGAAGAAGAAGCCGCAGCGACGCUGCUUUUACAUGUCGUACAGACGGUUGAGGUUGAUGUCAGGGUCUGUGUAGAUAAAGUAGUAAACACAGAUAUGAAAGAGCUUUCUCCUGAAGAAUAA